AUGGCGAAGAUAGGUGUCUUUCCGGCAGCAGGGGGUCUCGGCUUCAGCAUCGUCAACCACCUCCUGCGGCUCGUACCUCCCUCGCAACUGAUUCUCAUCGCGCGAAACCCAGGGUCGCUGGCUCUUGCAGAACAGAAGGGAGCCGUGGUGCGCUAUGCGGACUAUGAUGACGCUGCACCUCUUGCUCAUGCCUUUGAUGGAGUCGAUAUCCUGAUGUUGAUUUCGUAUGCAUCUUUCGAAAUGGAGCACCGCGUGAACGCACAUCGAAUCGCCAUUGACGCAGCGUGCCAAAGCGGCGUCCAACAUAUUUUCUAUUCAUCACUCGCUUUCGCAGGAGAGUUUGGAGAAACUAGUGUUGCGCAUGUCAUGGGCGCGCAUCUCGCGACUGAAAAGUAUCUCGCGCAGCUCCCCGAGCCAACAACAUACACCAUAGUCCGCGAAGGCCUGUACUCGGAGUCUUUCCCCAUUUAUACGGCGUGGUUUGAUCUGAAAGCGCCGACAGACGAGAUCACCAUUCCUCAUGACGGAUCAGGUCCAGGGGUGUCUUGGGCGAAACGGGAUGAGCUUGGAGAAGCCACCGCCAAGUUGAUUGUGUCCUAUGCUAAUGUGGAAUCGGGGAAUGUACCAGCCGAAUUUCCAUACAUCAACAAGACAGUGCUGCUUACGGGGCCACGCGCGUUUUCCCUCCAGGAAACGGUAGACAUUCUCGGAAAGGUUGUGGGUCGGCCGGUGCGAAUCCGACCUAUAUCUGUUGAUGAAUAUGUGAAGCUCCCGCAUGAAGGGAAACUUACCCACCAUGGGGUAGAUCUAUCUCGCGAGUGGGCUACAGCAUGGGAUGCUAUUCGAUUGGGGGAAACAGCAGUGGUGACGCCGACUCUAUGGGAGAUUCUUGGAAGAGAGCCAGAGGACUACGAAACUACACUUCAAGGCCUUUAUGAAUUAGGGGUUUAA